AUGGAGAAUCAAGACUUCAGGCAAAACAAUGACUUUUUAGUUCGCAGUGACAGUAGUUCACAACCACCUUUUUCAUCUUUGAUACCACCAUUCAGCGGUGCAACAACUCAACACCACCAUCAACAAGCAGCUGCUUUGAUCACCGGUGGCGACAACGAAGACGACAAUGGUUAUUAUGAGGAUGCGGUUGACUAUCUAGAUAGUUUUCCGGCUGGUUAUCGGUUUCGGCCUCUCGAUAAAGAGCUCGUUCAACAUUACUUGAAAAUAAAACUGAUGAACUUGCCACUACCGCCAAACAGGAUGCAUGAGGUUAACAUAUACGACGAGAAUCCAGAUACACUUGCAGAGAAUUACAUAGCUCAAGGAGAAAGGGAUCAAGGAGAGAAAGAAUGGUAUUUUUUUACAUCCAGAAACAAAAAAUAUCCCAACGGUAAACGACCAAAUAGAGCCGGUAAAGAUGGAUACUGGAAGGCCACUGGUAGUGACAAACAUGUCAAGUUUAACGGUCGUCUUAUUGGAUAUAAAAAGAUAUUGGUAUUCUAUCAAGGCAGACCUAAAAACACCAAGAAAACCUCAUGGAUUAUGCAUGAAUAUAGAGUAGAUACUCCGUCCAAUAGUCCAACAACUCAAAAUGAUACCAAGCUAGAUUGUGUUUUAUGCAAGAUCUAUAACAGAGAGAGCGGCACAAGAAAUAGUAGACAAGUGGUUGAUGAUGAUGGAAUGAAUGAGGACAUUGAACAACCUAUUAUGAGAUCCUCACCUGAAAACUCCAUUGCAGGGACAUCUGAAGGAACUAAUUCCAUGCACAACGUGACUGCUGCACUAGUUCCUCAUUCUCUCGGCAUUGAUCAGUUCGGUCAUCAUGAAGCAACAGCAAAGCCUCAAAUUCAAGAAUUCAAUGUCAUCAGUCCUCAAGUGUUCAAUCAGCAGUUUUCGCCGCCGAAAACAGAGGACUGUAUUUCAAGAUUGUUGGAGCCUUACUAUCAGCCAUCUCUAGAAGAAAUCUUCAGCAUACCGUACCCACCCUAG